AUGAACUUGCUCAAAGACUUGCUCCGGACGAAGCGCCAGGCGUUCCUGGCCCAGCGGCUCGAGCAAAAAGAAUUGUGCGAGAGCCAGCUCGAACUGCGCCGACAACGCGGCGUUGGCAUGGACGCCAGCACGGUGUUAGCGCUCGACAACUUGCGCUUUGAAAAGUCGCAAUUUCUCAUGCUACGGUGCAUCUCCGAAGCAGACAUGCUCGGGCUCAUGGGAGAAGCCGAGAGCCAGGCAACGCAACGCGUGAGCAUUGGCCUCGACGGCACCCAACCUGCCGUCCUUGACACGGUUUGA